AUGACGAAACGACUUAAUUUACCAUAUACCACGCAAGACCUAUUCCCCCAGUCUGCUCCAUCCACCAAACACGGCUCCUCCUCCAUGCGAGCCGGAUCAAUUGCUUCAACACCAUCAUCGCUAUAUAUCCCGCGUCCUACAUUCCACCACAACUCCUCCACGUCAUUCAAGUUUAAAAAUAAAUUCAAAAAUGUAAAUACCAUGGUAAAGAGGCUAUUCAAGCCGAGCACAUUAGACUUUGAAACGGCAAUAUGGGAGAUAUUCCAUUUGAUCCUUAAUCCAAAGAAGAUGUAUCGAUCGCAUUACUAUUACCGACAACAACUGCAACAGCAACCAGAUGGGAAAACGUCAUACACGAGAGACGACCCGUCGUUUUUGAUUUUGGUUACUGGGUUCCUCUCGGUGAGUGCAAUUGCGUGGGGGUUGGCCUAUUCUCCGUCUAUCUUGGAUAUAUUUAAAUUGAUUUUGUACAUGGUGGUUGUUGAUUUUUACCUUACUGGGUUUGUCAUUGCAACUGUAACGUGGGUGGCGACAAAUAAAUUAUUCAAUCUAGAAGUGGGGUUGAACAAGUACAGUGCAAACUACAUUGAGUGGGGAUUUUGUUUUGACAUUCAUUGCAACUCAUUUUUGAUCAUUUGGUGCUUACUUUACGUUGUCCAGUUUAUUCUAUUGCCAAUCAUCAGAAUCAAAAAGUCAAUAAUUGCAUUGGUUUUAGGCAACUCGCUAUACUUUGGCAGUAUCGGGUACUAUUUUGUUGUGACCUUCUACGGAUUCAACUCGUUGCCAUUCAUCUCAUCAAACGUGGUAAAGCUGAAUGACCGCAACCCCGCACGGGUCUUGCAAUUGAUUGUGGUAGCCGGUAUCUUGCCUCUUUUGGCAAUUGCAUGGCUUUUCACAAUCCUAAUCCGAUUCAACGUAGCCUCAAAAUUGGUUGAAACUUACUUCAAUUAA